AAAAAUCUUAGCAGCACAAAUCCGAGAAUUGGAGAUACCACUUGCUUUCUCAGCCUUGAGAUCAGCCCUGAUUUUCAUUUUGAGUUCCCGUCCCGGCCGACGUCAACGAUGAUUCACUUUGUACUUCUAAUCAGUAGACAAGGGAAAGUUAGGUUGACAAAAUGGUAUUCUACUUAUUCUAAGAAGGAAAGAUCUAAGGUACUCCGAGAGCUGAGUGGGGUGAUUCUCACAAGAGGCCCCAGACUCUGCAAUUUUGUGGAAUGGAGAGGACUUAAAGUCGUUUAUAAAAGAUAUGCUAGCCUUUAUUUCUGCAUGUGCAUAGAUCCUGAUGGCAAUGAAUUAGAGAUCCUGGAAAUUAUUCAUCACUAUGUUGAGGUUCUUGACAGAUACUUUGGCAGUGUUUGUGAAUUGGACUUGAUCUACAACUUUCAUAAGGCGUACUAUAUAUUGGAUGAAAUCUUGAUAUCUGGUGAACUUCAAGAGUCAAGCAAAAGAACUGUUGUACGUUCAGUAGCUGCACAGGAUUCACUGGUGGAGGCCGCAAAAGAGCAAACCGGUAGUACCAUUAGCAAUAUAAUCGCACAUGCCGCAAAGUAG